AUGUCGAGUCAACCUCUCCUCCAAACCGCGCCAGGCAAGCGCAUCGCUCUCCCCACUCGCGUCGAGCCCAAAGUCUUCUUCGCCAACGAGCGCACAUUUCUCUCAUGGCUCAACUUUACCGUCAUCCUCGGCGCCCUGGCGAUAGGCAUGCUCAACUUUGGCGACCGGCCCGCCUUCAUCUCGGCCUUUCUCUUCACAGGCGUCGCUAUGGCAACCAUGGUGUAUGCGCUAGUGACGUACCACUGGCGAGCCAAGUCGAUACGAAUGAGGGGCCAGGCCGGCUUCGACGACCGCUUCGGUCCGACCUUUUUGGCCCUCAUUCUGCUCCUCGCUGUGGUGGUCAACUUUGUUCUGAGAAUCACGUAUAUUUCGCAGCAGCCUUAG